AUGGUUACUCCCAAGGACAGCGGCGCCCCAGGGGACUCUCGCAGGGAUUCUCUCAGGGGCGGCAGUGCCCCCACGGAUCUUCCCAGGAACGGCAGAGCCACCAAGGCACCUCCCAGGAGCGGAGGCAACCCAAAGGGGCCCUCUCAGGGCGGCGAUGACCCCAGGGGUACUCCCAGAGAGUGGUGGUGCCUCCAGAGGCCCAACCAGGGACAGUGGCUACCCCAGGGACACUCCCAGCAACAGCAAUACCCCCAGGGAAAUCCCAGGGACCCUCUUAGGAGCGGUGGCGCCGCCAGGGCCCCUUCCAGGGACCCUACAUUGGGUUGCCAAGGGCCCUAUGGGUUGCCGGCGCAUCCAGAGGCCUUUCAGUUACGGCAGCGCCUGCAGGGAGCAUCCUCUGGGCGGUGGCGUCCCCUAGGACUGCCCCAGGCGUGGCGGCGCACCCAGGGACCUUUCCUGUGA